CCCAUAAUAUCUACCAAAAUCUAGCAACACUUUGAGUUGCAAGAGAAAGAGUUAUAUUUUAGAGAGAGAAAUAUAUAUAGAGAGAGAGAGAGAAUGGAAAUGAAUUCUCUUCUUGUUGAGAACAUGCAAGAACCUAUAACCAUGACAAUAUUCUUCAUUGUUCCUUUGUUACUUCUUUUUCUUCUAUCCCGGCUCCGCCGGAGACCGCCAUAUCCACCGGGACCAAAAGGGUUGCCGGUGAUCGGCAACAUGAAGCUGAUGGGCGAGUUAACUCACCGGGGACUCGCCAAACUCGCCAGGCAAUACGGCGGCAUCUUCCACCUCCGCAUGGGCUUCCUCCACAUGGUGGCCGUGUCGUCCCCGGACAUCGCCCGCCAAGUCCUCCAGGUCCAGGACAACAUCUUCUCCAACCGCCCGGCCACCAUCGCCAUCAGCUACCUCACCUACGACCGCGCCGACAUGGCCUUCGCCCACUACGGCCCGUUUUGGCGCCAGAUGAGGAAGCUCUGCGUCAUGAAGCUGUUCAGCCGGAAACGGGCCGAGUCGUGGGAUUCCGUCCGGGACGAGGUGGACACCACGAUCAGGACGGUCGCGUCUAACGUGGGGACCACAGUCAAUGUGGGUGAGUUGGUGUUCGAGUUGACUCGGGACAUCAUAUACCGAGCCGCGUUCGGGACGAGUUCGGACGAGGGACAGGACGAGUUCAUCAGGAUACUGCAAGAGUUUUCCAAACUGUUUGGUGCUUUCAAUAUCGCGGAUUUCAUUCCGUGGCUCGGCUGGGUUGACCCGCAGGGACUCAACUCGCGACUCGCCAAGGCUCGGGCUUCGCUUGAUGGGUUUAUAGAUAGAAUCAUCGAUGAUCAUAUGCAGAAGAAGAAGAAGAAGAGAGUGAAUGGUGUCUCUGAUGAUCAGGUUGAGACGGACAUGGUUGAUGAUCUGUUGGCUUUUUACAGUGAUGAAGCAAAAGUCAGCGAAUCAGACGAUCUACAAAACUCCAUCAAACUCACUAGAGAUAAUAUCAAAGCCAUCAUCAUGGACGUAAUGUUUGGCGGGACCGAAACGGUGGCUUCGGCCAUAGAGUGGGCCAUGACAGAGCUAAUGCGGAGCCCCGAAGAUCUCAAGAGAGUCCAACAAGAACUCGCUGACGUGGUUGGACUCCAUCGACGGGUCGAAGAGUCCGACUUCGACAAGCUCACAUACCUCAAGUGCUCAAUCAAAGAGACGCUCCGCCUCCAUCCGCCCAUCCCCCUCCUCCUCCACGAGACCUCCGAAGCUACUGAGGUUGCCGGAUACUACAUUCCGGCCAAGUCCCGGGUCAUGAUCAAUGCCUGGGCCAUUGGGCGUGACCCGAAUUCGUGGUCUGACCCCGAAUCAUUCAAGCCCGCCCGGUUCCUCAAAGAGAACAUGCCGGACUUCAAAGGGAGUAAUUUCGAGUUCAUACCAUUCGGGUCGGGUCGGAGGUCCUGCCCCGGCAUGCAGCUCGGACUCUACGCUCUGGAGAUGGCCGUGGCUCACCUUCUACACAGCUUCACGUGGGAAUUGCCGGACGGAAUGAAACCGAGUGAAAUCGACGUGGGUGACAUAUUCGGACUCACCGCCCCAAAAGCGAUUCGACUCAUGGCCGUACCGAGUCCACGCCUGCUGUGUCCACUCUAUUGAGGAGGCAAAGGCAACCAACAAUAUUGGAGCACUGAGCAGAGUGGAUUUGCUGGGAUUUACAAUUUGUGGAUACUAAGGGGAUUGAUACGGUGACGUAUCAUGGUGGUUUGCUCUCUUUUUUUUUUUUUUUUUUUUUUUUUUUUUUAUUUUUUUGUUUUUUUGUGUUUAUAAAUAUUGAGAGGGAAAAAAAAAGAAGAAGAAAUAACAUCAAAGGGAUGACCAAAACAAGAAAGCCUCUAUUUCAAUUGUUUUAUGUUGAUCUUUUGGUUGUAACCCAAUCUCUUUUUUGUUUUUAUUUCUUUCUAUCACAUUCAAAUAAAGGGUAUCACAUAAGUUUUCAUUUGAA